AUGGGCAACCUGUCAUUGUUACUUGAACAAACCAGCGGGAUUCCAACGGGUCUUCAGUCUUACAUUGUGGAGUUGACACAAUCCUUGCCGUUGUCAACUACCGUUCCAUCGACAAUUUCACAGCCUUAUGAGACCAUCACCUCUGUUAUUGCACAUGCCGAACAAAGACAACUUUCUGCAUAUAGUGUCCUCAAUGUUGUCACCGCUUCUGCAUCUUCUGUUAGUUUAAUCAACGAUAUUAUUCAAGCACAGGCAACACUAAACUUUUAUGAAUUAUUAGAGAAGGCCGCUACGGAAACCAAUACUGCUUCAAAGGCUGGUAUAAUGACACAAGCCGCAGAGGCUUCACAAAUCAUGUUAAAGAUGUUCAAUGAACAAGCAUAUUAUUCGGGUAAUUAUCCCUCAUUGGGUGGUAACACCGCUUUGUUGGUUGUUUUCUCUUUAUUUCUAUGCAUGCAGGUCAUUUCCGGUGUUUUCUUUCACCAGUAUUGGUUCUUGGUCUGUUGGACUUUGGGAUUGAUUUUGGAAAUCAUUGGUUACGCCGGAAGAAUUUGGUCGAGUCAAAAUAUUAUGAAUUUCAAUGCCUUUGUUAUGCAGUUGGUUUGUAUUACCUUAGCUCCUUGUUUUAUGAUGGCCGGUAUUUAUUAUGUUAUUGCCCAACUGACCCUUAUUUAUGGUGAAAAGUACUCGGUUUUGAAACCAAUGCAGUAUUCUUUGAUUUUUAUUGUCUGCGAUAUUAUAUCUAUUGUCUUGCAAGCUAUUGGUGGUGGUGUUGCUGCAAGUGCUUUAUCCGUCUACGAAUCCACUGAUGCUGGUUCUCACAUCAUGGUUGGUGGUUUGGCCUUCCAAGUGUUUACAAUUUUAGUUUUCCAGUUAAUGUGGUAUUAUUUGAUUUUCAACAUUUACAUUGCGCAUAAGACCAACGGUGAUGAUGCUUUCAACCCUAGAUUUGCUCAUGUUAGGCAAAGAAAAUGGUUAAUACCAUUUAUGGGUGUUGUAUCGAUCACAGUUCUGUUGGUUUUUGUCAGAUCUAUUUACAGAUUGGCGGAAUUAUCUGAAGGUUGGUCUUCUGCUCCUGCGACUAAGGAAAUAUAUUUCAUGAUAUUAGAAGCGUUGAUGAUGUCGCUUGGUACUUGUAUUAUUUCGUUCCUACCUCCUGGCUUAGCAUAUGGUAGAGAAGCACAUCUUUACAUUGAUAAAUCCCUCAAGCAAACAUUCUCCUUCAAAAGAAACCCUGAUGCAGAUAACGAGUUUGGUAAAGAAGAAAAGAAUGACGUCGGUAAUAUGUUUGACUGUUCUGAUUCUGCCAACUCUUCAUUCCACGACCAGCCUAGGUUUUUAUAA